AUGAACAGAAGGGACGUUGAUGAAGCAGCAUUACUCAAAUUAUAUGGCAUCUCAUCGCUUGAACCUGAAUCUUGGGAAUCGAUAGAUCAUGAGACUGAGGGUCCACUAGCUGGGACGAUGACUGGGGAAGAUGGAUUGAUGGUUGAGGAAGUUGAUCCGCUGGGUUUGAGGGGGAAGUUGGUCGGAUCAAAUGAACUGGACUUGAAGACUAGAACAGCAACUUCGUUAUCAAGUAAAUCAUUCGAUCCAAAAAUGUUCUUAUCAGCCUAUCAUCCAGAUGCAUCUUUUCAGGAUUUGAGAAAAGGUAUAUACAAUUUGGAAAGAGCAAUCGAGAGCAGAUCAGAGGCUGUUAGGAUUUUAGUGGAAGAGAACUUUGAUAGGUUCGUGGGUGUCAAAGCUAGUAGUGAUGUCGUUUACAGAGAUAUGAAAGAAGGGUUCUUAGCGACCGAUACAGAUCACGGUACGAGAGAAUUAAGAGAGAUUUUCAAGGUCGCUGGACAUAGAGCAGAUCAGGUGUUCUUACCUGUUUUGGAAAACGCAGUUAAAGCUUCAAAAUUACGUUCCACUCUUGGUGUAGUUGAGAAGUCCAAAUUCCUAUUCAACCUACCCAAUCAAUUGAUGGAAUCUAUCAAUGCUGGGAAAUACGAUCAAGCUUUGAGAGAUUACAAAAAAGGAACAUUCCUCCAAUCAUCGAGACAGUUAAUUCCUGGAGUAAACGCAUCUAAAGAACAACAGAAGAGAAUCUUCGAUAAAGUUUGGAAUUCAGUUGAAGGUAUUAUGAGUGAUAUGAGAGAUCGUUUAGACUCGACCUUGAAAGAUCCAACGAGGGGUGUUGAAGAACAGGAAAGAACGAUUGAAAUCUUGAUUGAACUUGAUCAAAGUGAUGAACCUGCUUGGACGUACUUGGAAUAUCAACACAAACACAUCUUGGAUAACAUGAGGGUCAUCUAUAACAAAUCGCAAGAGCGGAUCAAAGAGCCAUCAUCAUCAACCGCCGAGGCUGAUCUGCUCAGACGACAGCUGGCUUCGGCAGAUUAUCAGCUCAACGCCAUGACCCCCGUAGAUGCCGCCUGGAUGACGAUUCAAGCUCUCGUCAAGCAACUAUCAGAUUACGUGACACGAUCAUUACCUGGAUUCUGGAAAAUCGCCAAAGCAUGUAUGGACGGUAAAUAUCGAAAGUUUUUCACUUUAUCCGCUUUGUCCGAAUCUCAAAGUAGGAAAGAAGAUCAAGAUGACGUACCUAUACCACCAUUCGUACCAUCUGGAACAUCAGUAAUCACAGCUUGUUAUUUUGCUGAAAGAUUGGUAGAAGAAGUAUCUGAUUGUUCCAUCGAGUUGAUGAGUGUCGAUGUGGCGAGUGAAGCGCGUAAUGGAUUGAAAUCAAUGUUGGAUAAUUCGAAAAUUAUACAUCAUUUGGAAGAUUGGUCUACAGCUGUAACAUCAAAAUCAGCUAUCAAGUAUCUACAGAUAAUUGAGGAUUUCCAAAUUCGAAUAACAACUUCGACUAAGAAAAUAGCGAUCACUUCAACGACCCAUUUCAAGAGGAAAGUAAAAGAAAGUUUCGUAGAUACGUUAUGUUUCUGCUUUGAUGGAAUGUUAGAUUCCACUUCUCCCAAUAACAAAUCCUAUGAACAUAUGAGAAGACCAAGUCGAUUACAACUUGUUUCGCAACAAGGACAAGAGAUCCGAUUGUUAGUCACGUUGGCACAAUUCGACAUGUUGAAGAAACAAUCACUAUCUUCGUUGUGUAACAAAAUAUCGAAACUAUUAGAUGUGGAUAUGUCAAAAGAUCAAGCUUUAUUGAUGGAAGUCAUUGAAAAUAUGGAUGAGAUGAUUUUCAGACAACUGAUCCAGACACGAUCUGAACCUUUAAUCAGGGUUAUUGAAGAUGGUAUAUUGAACGAUGGGAUGGAUUGGUUAAACACAUCCAAACCUACUGAAGUACGACCCUAUAUGCACAAGGCCAUUUUGUUAUUGGUAGAAGCUCAUUCCAAGAUAGGUGAUGUAUCGCCUAACUUGAUUCAAAAAGUUAUUGAAUCACUGGUGAAUAGGAUCACUCAGGUGGCAUUGAACAGCUUUCAGAAAAUACCGAAAUUCGGUACGGGUGGUAUGUUAACUAUCUACGAUACCAUCUCACAAGCUUACAGGAGACAAAAAUCGAACGAUGAUUUCAAUAGAGAAUUGGAUGGAUUGAGGAAACUGUUGAAUACGAGCAGAAAAGCUACUGGAAUGGAAACGCUAUGUUUUAGGCCUUCGCAGAUUAAAGAGUAA